AUGGUGGUGCUGUCGCUGAAAAUCUGCAUUCGCCAGUGCAAUGUGGUGAAGACGAUGCAGUUUGAGCCAUCCACAGCCAUUUAUGACGCCUGUAGGAUCAUCAGAGAGAGAGUCCCUGAGGCUCAGGCUGGACAGGCUUCAGACUAUGGCCUGUUUCUGUCUGAUGAAGACCCCAGAAAAGGAAUCUGGCUGGAGUCCGGAAGAACGCUCGAUUACUACAUGCUACGCAGUGGGGACAUCCUUGAAUACAAGAAGAAGCAGAGGCCCCAGAAAAUCAAAAUGUUGGAUGGGGCCGUUAAAACCAUCAUGGUGGACGACUCCAAAACAGUGGGAGAGCUGCUUGUGACUAUAUGCAGUAGAAUAGGAAUCACAAACUAUGAAGAAUACUCUGUGAUCCAGGAGACUGUGGAGGAGAAGAAGGAGGAUGGGAUGGGCACGCUGAAGAAAGACAGGACGCUGCUGCGAGACGAGAGAAAAAUGGAGAAGCUGAAAGCCAAACUACACACAGACGACGACUUGAACUGGCUGGACCACAGCAGGACGUUCAGAGAGCAAGGCGUGGACGAGAACGAGACUCUUCUGCUCAGACGCAAGUUCUUCUACUCGGACCAGAACGUGGACUCCAGAGAUCCUGUCCAACUCAAUCUGCUUUACGUUCAGGCUCGAGAUGACAUCCUUAACGGUUCUCACCCCGUAUCGUUUGACAAGGCCUGCCAGUUCGCAGGCAUUCAGGCCCAGAUCCAGUUUGGACCUCACAUAGAGCAUAAACACAAGCCUGGAUUCUUAGACCUGAAGGAGUUCCUACCCAAAGAAUACAUCAAGCAGAAAGGAUCGGAGAAGAAAAUAUUCCAAGAUCACAAGGACUGUGGAGAAAUUACAGAAAUCGAAACAAAAGUGAAAUAUGUCAAACUGGCGCGGUCUCUGCGGACAUAUGGCGUCUCCUUCUUCCUGGUCAAAGAAAAGAUGAAGAGUAAGAACAAGCUGGUGCCGCGGCUCCUGGGGAUCACCAAAGAGUCUGUGAUGAGAGUGGAGGAGAAGACCAAAGACGUGGUUCAGGAGUGGCCCCUCACCACGGUGAAGAGGUGGGCUGCGUCGCCCAAGAGCUUCACCCUGGACUUUGGGGAAUACCAGGAAAGCUAUUACUCAGUGCAGACCACUGAAGGGGAACAGAUCUCUCAGCUCAUUGCCGGUUACAUCGACAUCAUCCUCAAAAAGAAGCAAAGCAAGGACCGCUUUGGCUUAGAAGGCGAUGAGGAGUCGACCAUGCUUGAGGAAUCCGUCUCCCCGAAAAAGUCCACCAUCCUUCAGCAGCAGUUUAAUCGUGUGGGCCGAAUGGAGCAUGGCUCGGUGGCGCUGCCAGGGGUGAUUCGCUCCGGCUCCAUCGGCACAGAGUCGCUCAGCAUGGGCACCAUGCCGUCUGCUCAGCAGCAGAUCACAAUGGGUCAGAUGCACCGCGGGCACAUGCCACCUCUCAGUUCAGCACAGCAGGCUUUAAUGGGAACCAUCAACACCAGUAUGCAAGCUGUGCAGAAGGCCCAGAUCAACCUAGGGGAGGUGGACGACCUGCCCCCACUGGGACAGGACAUGGCAUCCAAGGUAUGGAUCCAGAACAAGAUGGAUGAGUCGAAGCAUGAGAUCCACUCCCAGGUGGACGCCAUCACUGCAGGAACCGCCUCUGUCGUCAAUCUCACAGCUGGCGAUCCCACUGACACAGACUACACCGCCGUGGGCUGCGCCAUCACCACCAUCUCCUCCAACCUGACAGAAAUGUCAAAGGGUGUGAAGCUGCUGGCUGCACUGAUGGAGGAUGACGUGGGCGGAGGUAAUGACCUGAUGAGGGCUGCCAGGACCCUCGCAGGGGCCGUGUCUGACCUGCUGAAGGCUGUGGAGCCGGCCUCUGGAGAGCCCAGACAGACUGUGCUGACAGCAGCCGGCAGCAUCGGCCAGGCCAGCGGAGACCUCCUGCGCCAGAUUGGAGAGAACGAGAUGGACGAGAGGUUCCAGGACAUCCUGAUGAAUCUGGCCAAAGCAGUGGCCAACGCUGCAGCCAUGAUGGUGCUGAAGGCCAAGAACGUGGCACAGGUAGCGGACGACGCCGUGCUCCAGAACCGGGUCAUAGCUGCUGCCACUCAGUGUGCGCUGUCCACCUCCCAGCUGGUGGCUUGUGCCAAGGUGGUGAGUCCCACCAUCAGUUCACCGGUUUGCCAGGAGCAGUUAAUCGAAGCGGGGAAGCUGGUGGAUCGCUCGGUGGAAAGCUGCGUCCAGGCCUGCCUCUCAGCCACAGAAGAUGGCGAGCUCCUCAAACAGGUGAGCGCAGCGGCCAGCGUGGUGAGUCAGGCGCUGGGAGAUCUCCUGCAGCAUGUUCGCCAGUACACCGCCAGGGGAGAGCCAAUCGGGCGCUACGAUCAGGCCACGGACACCAUCAUGACCGUCACUGAGAACAUCUUCAGCUCCAUGGGAGACGCAGGAGAGAUGGUGCGUCAGGCGCGGGUUUUGGCUCAGGCCACCUCGGACCUGGUGAACGCCAUGAGGUCUGACGCUGAGGCAGAGGUGGACGUGGACAACUCUAAGAAGUUACUGGCAGCUGCUAAACUGCUCGCCGACGCCACCGCAAGGAUGGUAGAGGCAGCGAAGGGCGCGGCGGCGUACCCAGAGAAUGAGGACCAGCAGCAAAGACUGAGGGAGGCUGCAGAGGGUCUGCGAGUGGCCACCAACGCUGCUGCUCAGAAUGCCAUCAAGAAGAAACUCAUCAACAGACUGGAGAAUGCUGCCAAGCAAGCAGCCGCUGCAGCCACGCAGACCAUCGCUGCGGCUCAGAACGCUGCCGCCUCCAACAAGAACACGUCUGCUCACCAGCAGCUGGUGCAGAGCUGCAAGGCAGUCGCAGACCACAUCCCCCAACUUGUCCAGGGGGUGCGCGGCAGUCAGGCCAAACCAGAGGACCGCAGUGCACAGCUGGCACUCAUCAUUGCAAGCCAAAACUUUUUACAGCCUGGUAGUAAGAUGGUGACCUCGGCCAAGUCAUCCGUUCCCACGGUGACGGAUCAGGCUGCAGCAAUGCAACUGGGUCAGUGUGCCAAGAACCUGGCCACUUGCCUGGCUGAGCUGAGGACGUCUGCACAGAAGGCUCAUGAAGCGUGCGGCCCCAUGGAGAUCGACUCUGCGCUCACUGCCAUCCAGACCCUGAGGAGCGAGCUGCAGGACGCCAUGCAGGCGGCCAUGAACGCCCAACUGAAGCCACUGCCUGGAGAAUCAUUGGAGAAGUGUGCUCAGGAUCUGGGCAGCACCUCUAAGUCGGUGGGGUCCUCCAUGGCUCAGCUGCUCACCUGUGCUGCUCAAGGAAAUGAACACUACACAGGAGUAGCAGCCAGGGAGACGGCUCAGGCCCUGAGGACCCUCGCCCAGGCGGCCCGGGGCGUCGCUGCCUCCACCUCAGACCCUCAUGCUGCGGCCGCCAUGCUGGACUCUGCUCAGGAUGUUAUGGAGGGCUCGGCGCUUCUCAUUCAUGAAGCCAAGCAGGCGCUCAUUUCCCCCGGAGACGCUGAGAGUCAGCAAAGGCUGGCACAGGUGGCCAAGGCUGUGUCUCACUCCCUGAAUAACUGCGUCAACUGUCUGCCAGGCCAGAAGGAUGUAGACAUGGCUCUCAAGAGCAUCGGAGAGGCCAGCAAGAAGCUGCUCAUUGAAACUAUCCCUCCAGCCUCCAGGACCUUUCAGUCGGCCCAGAGCGGGCUGAGCUACACGGCGGCAGAGCUCAACCAGUCGGCAGGAGAUGUGGUGCACGCCUCCAGAGGCUCCAGCAGCCAGCUGGCCGUGGCGUCUGGCAAGUUCAGCGAAGACUUUGAUGAGUUCCUGGAUGCUGGGAUAGAGAUGGCCGGGCACACUCAGAAAAAGGACGACCAGGUGCAGGUGAUUGGUAACCUGAAGAACAUCUCCAUGGCUUCCAGCAAGCUGCUGCUGGCAGCUAAGAGUCUGUCUGUAGACCCAGCAGCGGCUAACGCAAAGAACCUGCUAGCUGCUGCUGCAAGGGCAGUGACUGACAGCAUCAACCAGCUGAUCACGCUGUGUACACAGCAGGCUCCCGGCCAGAACGAGUGUGACAACGCCCUGAGAGAGCUGGAGGCUGUUAGAGGAAUGCUGGACAAUCCCAGCGAGCCGGUCAGUGACCUCUCUUACUUCGACUGCAUCGAGAGUGUGAUGGAGAACUCCAAGGUCCUGGGAGAGUCCAUGGCAGGUAUUUCUCAGAACUGCAAGACUGGAGAUGUGCUGUCGUUUGGAGACUGUGUAGGAUCAGCCUCAAGAGCCCUGUGUGGGCUCACUGAAGCUGCGGGACAGGCCUCCUACCUGGUGGGUGUGUCUGAUCCCAACAGUCAGGCAGGGCACCAGGGAUUGGUUGAUCCCAUCCAGUUUGCCAAGGCCAACCAGGCAAUCCAGAUGGCCUGUCAGAAUCUUGUGGACCCAGGCAGCAGUCCAUCACAGGUGCUCUCUUCAGCCACUAUUGUUGCUAAGCACACCUCGGCACUGUGCAACGCCUGCCGCCUGGCGUCCUCCAGGACGACCAACCCCGUCGCCAAGAGGCACUUUGUGCAGUCUGCCAAGGAGGUUGCCAACAGCACUGCCAACUUGGUCAAAACCAUCAAGGCUUUAGAUGGAGAUUUCUCUGAUGAGAACAGGGGAAAGUGUCGAUUCGCUACGGCUCCACUAAUCGAGGCUGUUGAAAACCUGACAACGUUUGCUUCAAAUCCAGAGUUUGCCAGCAUCCCAGCUCAAAUCAGCAACGAGGGCUUUGAUGCACAGGAGCCCAUCCUCCAAUCAGCACGCUCCAUGCUUGACAGCUCCACCUAUCUCCUCAAGACUGCACGCUUAUUAGUUAUCAACCCCAAAGACCCGCCCACUUGGUCUGUUCUGGCCGGUCACUCCCGCACCGUGUCCGACUCCAUCAAGGCUCUCAUCACAGCCAUAAGGGACAAGGCCCCAGGCCAGCGGGAGUGCGACUCGUCCAUUGAUAACAUCAACAAAUGUAUCCGGGACAUUGAGCAGGCUUCCCUCGCAGCAGUCAGCCAGAACUUAGCCAGCAGGGACGACAUCUCACUGGAGGCACUACAAGAGCAGCUGACGUCCACGGUGCAAGAAAUUGGCUACUUAAUUGACCCCGUUUCCACUGCUGCCAGAGGCGAAGCUUCCCAACUAGGACAUAAGGUGACCCAGCUGGCUCGUUACUUUGACCCGCUGAUCAGGGCCUCUGUGGGGGUCACAUCCAAGCUGAGGGACCACCAGCAACAGAUGACUUUCCUGGACCAAACUAAGACCCUGGCUGAGUCCGCCCUGCAGAUGCUCUACGCUGCCAAGGAGGGCGGAGGAAACCCAAAGGCUUCCCAUACCCACGAUGCCAUAGCGGAGGCAGCGCAGCUCAUGACGGAGGCGGUGGAUGAUAUCAUGGUGACGCUGAACGAGGCUGCCAGUGAAGGGGGAAUGGUGGGAGGAAUGGUGGACUCCAUCGCGGAGGCCAUGGCCAAGCUGGAUGAAGGUACACCGCCUGAACCCGAGGGCUCUUUCGUAGAUUACCAGACCAGUAUGGUGAGACACUCGAAGGCUAUUGCUGUCACUGCUCAGGAAAUGAUGACCAAAUCAGUCACAUGUCCAGACGAGCUGGGGGGCCUGGCCUCUCAGGUGACCGUGGACUACAGUCAGCUGGCCGUCCAGGGCCGACUGGCCGCUUACGCAGCUGAGCCACAGGAGAUCGGUUUCCAGAUCAAGAACCGAGUGCAGGAGCUCGGACACGGCUGCAUCUUCCUGAUCCAGAAGGCAGGAUCUCUGCAGAUGACUCCCUCCGACGGCUUCACCAAACGAGAGCUCAUCGAGUGCGCCCGCGCAGUCACAGAGAAGGUGUCCUUGGUGCUCUCCGCCCUCCAGGCAGGAAACAAAGGCACCCAGGCCUGCAUCACAGCCGCCAGCGCAGUAUCGGGCAUCAUCGCCGAUCUGGACACCACCAUCAUGUUCGCCUCCGCCGGCACACUCAACGCAGAGGAUGACGAGUCCUUCGCUGACCACAGGGAAAACAUUUUGAAGACGGCCAAGGCUCUCGUGGAGGACACGAAGAUGCUAGUGUCCGGCGCGGCUUCAGGUCAGGACAGGCUGGCUCAGGCCGCCAAGUCUUCUGCCAAAACCAUCACCCAGCUCACAGAUGUGGUGAAGCUGGGAGCUGCCAGUAUUGGCGCUGAUGACCCUGAGACACAGGUGGUUCUGAUAAAUGCUGUCAAAGAUGUGGCCAAGGCGCUGGCGGAGCUCAUUAGUGCCACCAAGUGUGCCGCGGGCAAGGCAGCAGACGAUCCAUCGAUGUACCAGCUGAAGGGCGCGGCCAAGGUGAUGGUGACCAACGUGACGUCUUUGCUGAAAACCGUGAAGGCUGUAGAGGACGAAGCCACCCGGGGCACCAGAGCACUGGAGGCCACCAUCGAGUGCAUCAAACAGGAACUGACGGUGUUUCAAUCCAGAGUUGCUCCCAACAAGACGACCACACCUGAGGAGUUCAUUCGCAUGACUAAAGGCAUCACCAUGGCAACUGCUAAAGCGGUAGCCGCGGGUAACUCUGCCCGACAGGAGGACAUCAUCCACACCGCCAACCUCAGCCGCAAGGCCAUCUCAGACAUGCUCAACACCUGCAAGCAAGCGGCCUACCACCCAGAGGUCAGUGAGGAGGUGAUGAACAGAGCGCUGACGUACGGGUCAGAGUGUACCACCGGAUACAUCGACCUGCUGGAGCAAGUGCUAAUGGUCCUGCAGAAGCCCACUGCAGAUCAGAAGCAGCAGCUGGCGGCGUGCUCUAAGCGCGUGGCAGGAGCCGUGACGGAGCUCAUUCAGAGCGCCGAGGCCAUGAAGGAUGGAGGUUCCGAGUGGGUGGACCCGGAGGAUCCGACCGUGAUCGCAGAGACGGAGCUGCUCGGAGCCGCCGCGUCCAUCGAAGCGGCGGCGAAGAAGCUGGAGCAGCUCAAACCCAGAGCCAAGCCCAAGCAAGCAGACGAGUCGCUGAACUUCGAGGAGCAGAUCCUGGAGGCGGCCAAGUCCAUCGCUGCAGCCACCAGCGCGUUGGUCAAAUCCGCCUCGGCUGCCCAGAGGGAGCUGGUGGCUCAGGGCAAAGUGGGCCUGAUCCCUGCCAACGCUGUGGACGACGGGCAGUGGUCCCAGGGGCUCAUCUCUGCUGCACGUAUGGUAGCAGCAGCAACCAGCAACCUGUGUGAGGCAGCCAACGCCUCCGUGCAAGGCCACGCAAGUGAGGAGAAGCUCAUCUGUUCGGCCAAACAGGUGGCGGCCUCCACCGCCCAGCUGCUGGUGGCCUGUAAGGUGAAGGCGGACCAGGACUCAGAGGCCAUGAGGAGACUACAGAUUGCUGGGAAUGCAGUAAAGAAGGCAUCAGACAACUUGGUGCGAGCCGCUCAGAAGGCAGCGUUUGACAAAGCGGAUGAGGACAACGUGGUGGUCAAGACCAAGUUUGUGGGUGGAAUAGCACAGAUCAUUGCAGCCCAGGAGGAGAUGUUGAGAAAGGAGAGGGAGCUGGAGGAAGCCAGGAAGAAACUGGCUCAGAUCAGACAGCAGCAGUACAAGUUCCUGCCCAGCGAACUACGAGAGGACGAUAACUAAAUAUUCAAACUCGCACUUGCACUCCGUGUUUGUGUUGCGAGUUUGUGUCCUCUUUGAUGGCACACUGGAACACAGCGACUUCAGAUAUGUUGGGACUGAUUUUAACAAACUAGUGAUUCCCAAGUCUGCAUUGAAAGAUCUCCAACUGGACUUCUACAAGUUUGAAACACUACUGUAUGGAACUGACUACUCUCUGAAAACCACACGAAGAUUGUGGCGAUUCGACUGAAGAACUGUUUUUUGUCCUCAUGUAUAGCAUAACUACUUUGACUGAUCCAAUCUGAGCCAGAAUGUGACACGCUCGGGACAAACGGCACAUCUCUCAUGCUCUCAUGUUUUUGAUUUAAAAUUGCCGCUCUCGCUCCAUAAACCUCGAAGAUGAAGAAAUGAUUGUAUUGCCGUUCAUGUGAUAUAGCCGUUUAACUGCAGCAAAGAUAUUUCAGCUCGGUACUCUGAUAUUGUAUGAAUGUUGUAUUUCAUGCUCCAAUUUGGCACCUUAAUGUCUGUUUAAAGCAUGAUGUGUCUUUACUUCAACUCAGUGGUCAUUAACCCGAAGACAGGUAGGAUGCAUAUUGCUGUUUCUAGGACGACACUCUCAAUCCAACAUGUUGUUUUUGUUAAUCGUCCUUUAAAGUAGACAGUGAAAUAAGCAUAUGUUGCUCUCUUUCUUGUCAUUUUUUAAAGCAGAUAUCCAUGGGCUCUACAUGCUAAAUGUCUUUUUAAGGUGCACCAACUUCCACAUGUUUGUCGAAGCUCUUGAAUAUCCGUGUGCGGCCUCUCAGACUCCAGUAGAAUGUUUUACAUUUCCUUACCACGCGAAUGCUUUUCUCCACAGGAUGACAUCUUACCAUAGAAGGAUUAUUUAUUACUCCCGAGUAUUUUUAGCAGACAGGGGUCAGAAAGGGUCUCACCUCAAUUCCACUUCUAGCAGAGCCCGUGUUCACGAAAUAUCCCCAAUCCUUCAAACACAUUUGUAUCUCCCUUUAUCUUUGUGUGUAUUGAGACCUUCAUACAGUAUAAACAGAAUUUGAUCAUGAUGCAAUAACACAGACGGUGCUUUAGGGGGCAGUGCUGGUUUCCAUUACACCAUGCAAACGUAGUCAUAUUGUAAAAGAGCAUUUUGUAUAAUUGAAUGCUUAUUUUAAUUAAGUAUAGAAAAUGUGAUUACAGGACCCAGGCAGGUUGAUUGGCUUCAACAUCUUGUGAAAUAAGAAAACCUGUAAAUACCUCUGAAUCGAUUGCCGUGCCCUUUCUGUGCUUUGUCUGAUGGUUUCCCCCCCCCCCCCUGUUUGUUGCCCUUUCCCUAAAUAUUUUCUAUUCAGCUGAUAGUGAUUAUAGUACUCUCUCCAGCAAUACCCGAUCACUGCCUGGGAUUGAUUUCUAGUCCAUCCACCUCCAAUUCUGUACAUUCAGACGGGAGCACAAUUUGAAAUCUUAAAAUGACUAAGCAAUAAGCUUCUUGUAACAAAUCAAACUUUUAAGAAUUAAUGUUUAAAUGAAGUGGAGUGAAAGUGACGUGGCUGCAAAACUAAUCACUGCAGUUCAUCUCCUUUUCAUCCAUCAGUGUCUAUCAUUGUCUCAGUUGAAGGGUGCUCUGUGCAACAUUACUGAAUAUACUACUUGCUGCAAUAGAAGAACUUUUUCGUUUACCGAGUUUGAUUGUAGUGUUGGGUUCCCUCGUCUUACUUUAUUUGGGCUGUGUUUCAAUAUUAAAGUACGAUAUAUUGUAAGAUUAGGUCCUGCUGUGAAAAUGCAUGGCUUUGUGCUUCGGAUGCAUCUUCUUGUUUAUGCAGAGUUCAACUUUUAACAGUGACUCUUACCUCCACGUACAAGACCGUAUGCCAUAGCAAAUGGCUUAUGACACACCGUCACUUCUCAUUCUUUCUUUGUUUACAGUUUGGUCUGAAUUCAGAGGUGUUUUCUGGCGUUGUAUUUUGUGUGCGAGUGUGUGAGGGUGGGGAGGGUGGGUCCACUACUCAUCAGUGAAGUCUGUAGUGUUAUUUUUAGUGCCUUAGUCCGUAGCCCAUACAGUGUCUGGUUUGCUCGAGAGACAGCUUCACCUCAUUGCUCAAAAAAAGGUACUGGACAAGCCGAUAUUUGGGAAUGUAGGAUGAUGUCCGUGGGUUUUUUUUCUUACAUUUGUUGUCCCACUUGUUGACAUACUUUUCACCUGCAUCCCCUCCAUUCUCCUCUUUUAAUCUCUCCGCCACAUAUAAGGCCUUUGGGGAUGACAUAGAAAUUGUCCGACAGUCAAAACAAUGUGUUGCUGUUUAAAAUGUACCAUCAGUAUAUAUAUACAAGUAUGUAUCAUAUAUAUGAACACAUUUUUGUACUGCAUUCCAUGGGCAUGUACCACAGUGCUUCGAAACCACGAUUGACUGCAGAUGUUGGUCUGUCAACUGCUUUAUUAUUUGUUAUGAAGUCACUGAAUUUUAUUGAUUGGCUUUUUUCUUUUGCUUUUAAGCCUCGAUGAACGAUAAAUGUGAUGAGAACGGUUCGAUGUAUCUGUCACCAUUCAGAUGUUGUGACGCAUUUCAAUGAUGUGGAGUAAUUGAAGUGUUCUGUGAGUUUCCCCCCCUUAACAUAAAUACAAUUAUGAAGUUACUACAAUUAAGAUGAGUGAUAACAUACAAUAUAAAAGAUAUUUAUCUGGCCUUGACAAAACUAUUUUUUGUAUUCACUGAAAAUAAAGCAUUUCAAUGUAA